GUUCCUUGAUCUGACAUAUCCCUGUGAUCGUGCAAGUCUUAUUCACUAGUAGCUGUCCCCAAGUGCAUAGCCAUUCUCACAUCUAUUAUUCUUAUGUUCAUCCAGCUAUGAGCAGUUUAUCUAUAUAAACUUGAAACAGAUAGUCGCAAAUAGUUCAGGAAAAAGCUAGAGAGAAAUCAUCAAAAUAUUAUCAUGGGUGUUAUGAAGUAUAUCUCAUCUGUUCUUGUUGUUGUUAUGGUUAUAUCCAUGACUCCUGCACAAGCUAGUAAGAAAAAGAGUUGGUGCAGUGAAACUGUUCCAUACAAAAUGGGUAUGGAAAAGAUGACAGAGUUACAUUUUUACUUCCACGACAACAUCACCGGCGACUAUCCAACCACUUUCAAAAUCGCUGAAGCACCCGGAGUAUCAAAUACUUCGUCGACGUUUUUCGGGGAAUUGUACAUGGCGGAUGAUCCAUUAACGGUAGGACCUGACCCAAAUUCCAGACUUAUCGGUCGAGCUCAAGGUUUGUUUGGAUUUUCUGCACAGAAGGAUUUGUCUUUGAUUAUGGGAAUAAGUCUUGUUUUUACAGGGAACAAGAAGUUUAAUGGUUCUACUAUCAGUAUUUUUACUCGCAAUCCCAUCGCUAAUACAGACCGUGAAUUUGCGAUUGUUGGUGGAACUGGGUAUUUCAAAUUUGCCCGGGGGUUUGUAACUGCAAAGACAUACUGGGCUAGUGGUAAAAAUGCUAUCGUUGAAUAUACUUGUAAUAUUGUUCACUAUUGAUUUACGAAGCUGCUACACGGGGUCACCAAAUCUAUAUAAAAUAAAACAAUC